AAAAAAUCUGUUGUUUUCCGACCGACACGUUUCACGAAAAUGACGCUUGAAUUUUUUAGGCAGUAUUCUAGGUAGUGAUGUUUAGAGAUUACUUUUUAAUACUUAAUAUACUAGUUGAAUACUAUUUCAAAGUGAUUGAAGCAGUGCUUUUUAUCUUUUUGUAUUAAAUGCACUUUUUUUGUGCUUACUCAUUAGUAUUAGUACUAGUACAAGUGCCAGUUCAGUUAGUUACAGUGUUUACAUUUUAUUUAUGAUUUUUGUUGUUUUUAAUUUAUCCUGAUCUUUGGCUACUCUCUCUGAUUCUUUCUAUUACUAAAAGUUGUAUUGUAGUUUUAGCAAUAAUUAGUUUAAAAUUGAAGUGUAGUCUUACUGAAUUAAAAUCAAAGGCUGCGGCUAUUGAAAGGUUAUUCGGACAGAAUUGGGACCGGGUAUCAGACGUGAGAGUUUGGCCUUGGGUUUAUAGUUUAUUAACCCUCUGGAGACGGAGCCUUUUCGGGGUGUAUGUGCCAAAAAGACGGAGCAAUUUUUACGAGCUCGAGACUCGCAUUGCAAAAAAAUUUAUAAAAAAUAAACUAUUCCCUUAAUAUAUUUAUAUGUAAAACUAUAUAUAUUCUUGUAGGAAAUUGAAUGAACUAAUACAAUCUUUAUGAAUCAAACUGACAUAUCAAAAUUUAUGCAAAUGAGGUACCUUAUUUGCAUAAUUUAUGCGUGUAAUUUUUUGUUACACCUAGAACAAACAUGACUUACUUGUAUCAAUUGUGUGAAUUUUUUGAUGGAUGAAGCCUGAAUAAGUCCUAAUACUUAUUUUUGGGGGGAAAAGGGCCCAUGAAGGCCCUUCAGACACCUCUGGCACAUGGUUCUACUCCUUUCCCACCCCCACCCCCUAUUUUUCAGUUGUUACAGACACACUGUAACAGGCCCCCAUUUAUGACCUAGGAACCUUCUCUUAAGCUGAAUGUUACUGCCAAAUGUGUCUGCAUAUCAAUUGGUCUCUCUCAUUAACAAUUGAGUGAUAUUUAGUGUAAAAAAUAGCAUAAAAUACUCAAAUGGGGUGCUUAUGACUUAUUUAUAGGACUUAUGUUGUCUAAAAAUUCAGAGGGGUCAUCUCUGUCCAUUUGAGGACCCCUAAUACUAGUAAUACUAAACCAAGAGUUCACAACAUUAGCAUUACCCUCAAUUUGAAAGUCUUCAUUAAUUCCCUGGUUGUUUUCAGCAGUUUCAGUGUCAAAUUCACUGCUAGAAUAUCAAAAUUACUAAGCACAGUUUGAUCAGAGUCACUGUCAGACAUGUUCGAAAUUCACGAUGUAACUACACACACACACAAAAAUUCCUGCAAACAAAUAAAUUGAGUUCACCUUCAACGAACGCUGCCAUUACAAUGCCGGGAUGUGCAGGAAUACGUGUAAAUAAUUUUGAUUCGCUGGUACAACGCCAAGCCAGCCAAUCGUGAGGCUCGAUCUAUCAGGCCGACGGCUCGGACUUGACGUCUUUCUUGCUAGUGUACCUCGGGCCGAUAGAUCGGCCCUUACGUCUCCAGAGGGUUAAAAAAAUAUUAAAAAUAUUGUAGUUGUACCGUUUGUAGUUGUGGUAGUUUAUUUUAGUUAAACUGAAGAAGUAAGUUUACAAAUAUAUAAUUUAAUAUAGUCCAUUCAAUAAUCGAACCCUUCAAUUAUCUUUCAUUUGAUACCAAAUUUGUUCUUACAAUACAACCCAACAAUAAUAAUUUAAAUAUUUUUUUAAUCCCAACCUCACUUCUGGGAUGGGGGUCCCUAUAACCACUUCGAAAAUUAAAAGUGUGUGCGAUGUGGCGUAGGGACAGUAUGGUACUUAACUUAAAUUUUAACUUAAACUUAAAUUGUCUUAAAGUUAAAGCAGAUUUAUCAGACUGCUGUCCAGAAUGAGAAAUUGAAACUAAGUUUAGGCCUUUGCUUUUAAUUAUUAAUUUAUUAGAAUUUUGGGUUACCCUGUUACUGUUAGGCUUAGGCCCUAUCAUGCCCAACCCUAUGUUAUACUAUACUAUUACUAUACAACUAUCUAUGUAUUAUAAUAAUACUAUAGACUAUAGUCUAAUACUGUUAUUAGGCCUGAUUACUAAUGUAUGCCUAGUAGCCUAGCCUAGCUAGUGUCCCUGAUGAAACCAAUAAUAGCAUUCAUGAUAUUAAUAGGUCUAAAUAUUAAAAUAAAGGCUAAAAGUCUUGAAUAUUGUACAGUGUAACCAGAGCUGUUGCAUGGUCCUGCAAUCUGCAGUUGCAGAUAUUAAAAUUAAAGGGGCCCUAAGUUGUGAUGUGGAAAACAAUUUUAACUGUAAACUUUACAUUUGAAUGCAUGGUACACACAACCAAAAAGUUGAGGAGGCCUUCUAAAGUCACACAACUGCUCUCUUUGUAACUUCACUCACCCAGUGUGAAUGGAUCAAUGAGAAGCAGAAGGCUUGAGAAUAAGGUGUAAAUUAGUAGGCUUGGGCUUAAUGAAUUUAAUUUUAAAUAAAUAGGGCCUAGCUUAAAAUAAAUGUAGGUUUAUCCGUAUCGCCAUAAGGUUUUUAAUGCCAGUCUUGGUUGUGCAAACCAUAUCUACCUACAGCCUAAACUUUCUUAAGAUUUAAGAAGUUUAUAGACAUGUUAUUAAAAAGAUAAAUGAAAUGGCUAUAUGGCAUUAUUAUUACCAUAUUAUUAUUUUUUGAAAGAUUUAAAUUUCAAAUCCAUUAGGUCUAAUUUUGUGAUUAUUUUUUUUCACAGCAAGCUUUCAACUAUUGCCAGCAUGAUGAUCAUUUCUGGGGUGCUAUUCAUCGUCUUAUUCACUUUUGUUUUUUUCUUCCUGCGGGUCUGGCUAAAGAAAAAAUCAAAAAAGUUCUAUGACAUAAAUGGAAAAAAAAAAGUGUCUUUUGCAUUUUUCCAUCCCUACUGUAAUGCAGGUGGUGGAGGAGAGCGGGUGCUUUGGGUGGCUGUUCGAGCCAUUCAAAAAAGGUAAUAGUUUAAGCUUUAUUUUAUCAGCAUCAUUUGUAAUAUUAUUAAUAUUUACAAAAAAGAAAGCUAUUAACAAGGAUAUGAAAAGUGAGCAUUUAAUAUUUUUUCUUGUCAAAUAAAUGCAUUAUAAUAAAUUCUGAUUAUCUGUUAUGUACUGUUUAAAUAUGGCAAGAAAAUAGUUAACACCUCAUAUUGUUACAUACUCUAUUGCGGGCUGAGUCUAGACUCUUAUAGCCCAGGGCAGUUAUGGUGGCAUGCCUUAUCUGGUGGACAUCAUCGUAAAUCAAAUUUUCAAAACAGGUGUCUGCAUGCGUCCAUACCCUCUGCAAUCCUUCUGUUUCUGGAGCAGCCGACCACCAGGUGGUCCCCUAUUUCGUCUGCCUGGCCACAUAAUCGGCAAUAUGGAUCACUUCUAGUAUCUGAUCAGGGGAGAUAACUGCGCGUCGUGCAGUGGCCUAUUCUCAUCUGCUCUUGUCUUCUGAGUUUCCACCACAGAUUACUUUUGCUUGGUUGUGACAUUUUCCGGUAAAGCUGGCGCCCUGUAUUUCCUGCCGCCCAGCUCAGCCGCAGCCCAGCUGCUGAGCCAGUCCUCUCAGAAGUGGUCUUUCAGCCAGGGAUGAACUGCUAACAGACUUAACUGCCUUUGGCAUGGGUGCCUCCUACUGUCUCCAGAAUGGCAUAGUACAUUGCAGUCUCCAUCGAGCCCCUUCCCUCACUUUCUCGAGAGCAGAUCGUGAGUUGGUGAAGACUACAAUGUCGGAGAAGCUUUUUCUCCUCGCUUGGCGUUGAAAUACUCUCUCAGUAUUGCUUCUAGUUAUGCGUCGAAGCUGGUUCUGCUCUUUCCAGUGGACCCUGAUGACUCCUCGGGUGGAGAUAUCUCAUUUGGGUAUUGAACAAGUGCCCCAUAGCCACUUUGAUUUUCCCUGGCAAAGCAUGAGCAGUCUGUGAAUCCUUUGACCAUGCAGUUCGGGUAGCCUUCAGUCUUUCUUAGCGCUUCCUACCUUAGUUCUAUUUGGGAAUUAGCUUUUGUGAUGGCAGUAUUGGCCAGAGCGAGACUUAUUUCAGGUAUAGUUCAAGUAUGUGGUUAUGUAACAUGAGCUUCUGGUCCAGCUUCACCCCCCAAAUACACUGGUGUCUGAUCCCAUUUUAGUGCCUUUCUGCAGAUGAACACCUUGAUCUUGUGCUUUAGUGUAUUCCGCUCAUUAGUGAAUAUGGAGUGAACUGUCUUGUCCAAAUCGAUGACCAUUUUCCACCUAUUUGUAUAAGCUACUAUUCUGUCUAGGUCUCCCUGCAGCUGGAUCUGCAAUUGUUGGACAUCCUUAUAUGAGCUCCAAAUGGCUAAAUCACCAGGGAACAUGGCAUUUUGGGACUCCAACUCCCCCUGUAGGUCAUAGACAUAGGCGAGGAAUAAGGUACAGCUGAGGGUGGACUCCUGCGGAGGUGCAUCCUCUAGGACAAUUUGAUUCGACAAGCUAUUGUCAAACUAUGUGGCAAUGUUUGAUUCUUAAGAAAUUCCUCUUCCCAUUGGUAUAAAUUACCAGAGAUCCCCAGAUAAUUUAUACAUAAGGCCUGUGCGCCAAACUUUGUCAUAUGUCUGUUGGAGAUUGAAAAACACAGUGACAGUGUGAUUUCUCAUUAGUCAUUGACUGAAUCAAACAUGUGACGUGGUUCAUGGGUUGGCGGCUCUUGCAGAGCCCACCUUGCGUCGGUGUUAAGCACUUGUUCUUGUUUAAAAAAAAUAGGAGAGUCAUGCAUUUACCAUUAGCCACUUUCAUCACACAGGAUGUUAGGGAAAUUGGACAGUGGCUGGCUGGCAGAUACCCAUGCUUUCCAUCUUUGGCAAGGGGAAUGACUAUUGCUUUUUAACACUUCAUAUAAAUUAUUCUAUUUUACAUGUUGAAUCAAAACUGUAAAUUUAAAGAAAAAUAAUAAUUUGCUUCUUGUUUAUUCUCUUCCCCAAACCCCUCCAACAGAUAUCCAGAUGUACAAUGUGUGAUUUAUACUGGGGACACAGACUCUACAGCAGUGGAAAUCUUAGACAAAGCCCGGCAAAGAUUUAACAUUGUUCUGCCCGGACAAGUGGAGUUUGUUUAUUUGAAUUAUCGAAGCUGGGUGGAAGCUGUUAAAUAUCCCUAUUUUACACUUUUGGGACAGAGUAUUGGCUCUGUGCUACUAGGCUGUGAAGCUCUAUUUGCUUUUGUGCCAGACAUUUACAUUGAUACCAUGGGAUAUGCUUUUACUUUGCCUCUUUUCAAAUUUCUUGGUGGAUGUCCAGUUGCUUGCUAUGUUCACUACCCAACCAUAUCCACAGAUAUGUUAAGCAGAGUUUCCCAGCGUAUAGCAGCACAUAACAAUGCUUCCUUUAUUUCCAGAAGUCCCAUUUUGAGCGGGCUUAAAGUAGUCUAUUAUAGACUUUUUGCAUACCUAUAUGGAGUUGCAGGCAAAAGGUCAAGCGUAGUAAUGGUCAAUUCAACAUGGACUUAUAAUCACAUUUUAACUUUGUGGAAAGUGCCAUCCAAAAUCCACAUUGUUUAUCCCCCGUGUGAUAUUUCUGAAUUUAUGAAAUUACCGCUGGUUAGCGAUGAAAAUAAGCCAAAACAAGUUUUGUCACUGGGCCAGUUUCGUCCUGAAAAAGACCACCCUCUCCAAAUAAGAGCUUUUCACAAGUUUUUGAUGAGUGUGAAUGAAAAAGACAGGACACAGUUCAAACUUGUUUUAGCUGGCAGUUGCAGAAAUGAAGAAGAUGAAGGCAGAGUGAAAAGCUUACAGGAUCUUGCAAGAGAACUUGACCUUGAAGAGAAUGUGGAGUUUCGGCUCAACAUUUCUUUUACAGAACUGAAGCAGUUGUUGGAAAAAUCUCUAGUCAGCAUACACACCAUGUGGAAUGAACAUUUUGGCAUAUGUAAGUAAAUACAAUUCUCUAUCAUUUCUAAUACAGUUUGUAUAAAGGCUUCUAAUAAUAGGAUCUGAAGAAUCAUAGGGAGAGUUUUUUGAAAUGUGGAUCUUUGAUAAAUUGUCAUGAAUUGAAAUAACUGAUAAUAGAAAGGACUUCCAACAUUUUAGUUGUUCACAAGAUUUUAUUUAAUGAAAAGGGAGAUCCCCAGACUAUCAAAGUUCAAGGGCUUAUGAUUUAAUGACUACGUGUGAUUUGUGGAAGAAUUCAUUUUAAUACUUCUGUGUAUAAUAAGUGACAUGAUUUUUUAAAUGCACAUCAAAGUUUUGGAAUACAAUAUCCACACUGCAGCAGUUUAUUGUAAAGUUUAUAUUGCAUCUUGGUGAUAAGUUCUUAAUUAAUUUAUAAUAACUUUGUUAACCACUACUAAUGUAAUUUUUUUGUUAUCAUUAAAAAAAUUAGAAUUAUUGAUUUUAACUCUCCAAAUAAUAUUUGCUUGAACUAACCUUAUAGUAUAGCCUCAAUAGGUAUAAGCUAUUGCGCCUAAAUUGUGGAACAGUUUGCCUAAAUCUUUGAGGGAAAUUGAGAAUGAUGAAAAGUCAUGUAAGAAACAUAUAAAGACUUUUUUCUUUAAAUAGAUUUUGGGACAUCAGAGUGCUGUGAACAUGCUAAAAUAAAAUGGACACAAUCGCUAUAAAAGUACUCAAUCAUCAUCAUAUUAAGUUGAAUUUGAUUACUAGUAAACUAGAGCUUUCAUAUUCAUCAAUAAAUAUGUGAACAUUAGAAGAACUAACUGCAUUGUACACAAAAGUAUUCAUAGAUAACUUUUAAAUGUACCAUACUUCUACUAAUCUUGUUUCUGUAACUUUUCAGGUGUGGUGGAAGGAAUGGCUGCUGGUACCCUGAUGUUAGCUCAUGAUUCAGGAGGACCCAAGUUGGACAUAGUGAUCAAACAUAAUGACCAGCCCACUGGAUUUCUCGCCUCUGAUGUUGAUUCCUUUGCUAAUGCCAUUCAAACCAUUUUUAACAUGUCCCCAUCUGAAAGAUUAGCAAUACGAGAAAAUGCCAGAAAUUCAUUGUCUCGAUUUUCCGAGGCUGAAUUUGAAACUGCUUUUGAUUCUUUAUGUUCACCUCUAUUUAAGCAUGCAUCUGAGGACAAAAGAUAUUCUUAAAGAGGUGAUUUUUUAAAAAGCUUUUUUUAAUAUAAGUACAAGGUGAACGUUGCUGAAAUAUUUUCCGUACACCCACAAUGUAAUUAAAAUCUGUGAAAGGUUACAAAAAUAGGCUGUCUUAAUUUAGUUGUACAAAUCAAAACUUACUAUUGAAGUAUUUGAAGACUGUCAAAUACUUGGAUACUUGUAAACCUUAAAUCAGAGAAUUCAGCUUCGGCUUCUUGAGAUAAAAAAUGCUGUUUUAAAAUUUAAUGAUGACUUAUGUGUGUGUUCUUUUAAAAGGGAAUUUAUUAUUAUUACAGUGAGAACAAAGAGAUACUUAACAAUUUGUAAAUAUUUCUUUUAAAAAGUAAAUUAAGGAAUUAUAAUUUUAAUUAAAAUAAUGAUAAAUUAAAUACACCAAAUUGCAUUUGAUUUAUGCAAGAUAAAAUUGUAUCCAAAUGCAUUAUUUAAUGAUUGAUUGCAUUGAAUUUAAAUUUGAUUUCCUCAGUCAGAAAUGAGAAAGCUAUUGUUGCCUUAAAAAUUAACUUGUUAUAAAUCAGUCAUUUUAAGAAAUCAAAUAAAUUGUCAUUCUGUAUAGUAAUUGAAAUUUAAAGUUAUGUAAUUAAGAAAUGAGACUUAAAAAUUAUUUUGAAUUCAGAAAACUUGCUGUCCCAAUGUAAUGUGCUGGUAAAGCUCAAGAAAACACCUUAGAGUCUGCCCUGCUGAACAGCUUUAUCUCAAAAGUGUACCAAGUUUAAUAUAUUUUAUUAAAAUUACUUAUGAUAAUGCUGCAUAAGGAAAUGAUAGAAUUUCAUUUUUUCCCCCUUUAAUUUGUUCAUGGGUUUGUAUCAUUAAGAUAACAUUCUUUUAUUGAUCCAAACAAAUGGAAAUGUUUUCUAUACUUAAAUAAAGAAAGUAACUCGCACAACUGACUUUGUCCACAGAUAAUGUAGUGGCCAGUCAAAACAUGACCAUUUUAAUCUGUGCUUCAGUUGUAACUAUCAUCAGAGGCGCUACAGCCCAUGUAGGGCCCUGGCCUACUCCUCCAAAUCGCUCCAUUUGGAUCGAUCCAUGUCUUUCUGCCUCCAUUAGUGAACCCCUAACUGGAGUAGGUUCUUCUUUACAUCGUUGAUCCAUCUCAGUUUCAGUCUUGUUAGACCUGUGAGCGUCUGUCCCUAGGUUUCUGCCUGUAUAUCACUUUUGCUGCUUUACAAUCCGGCAUCCUUACAAUAUGUCCUGUCCAGCACAGUUUGCCUUUUUUAUUGUUGCGACUAUGGGUGGGUCUUAAUACAAUUGAUAUAGCUCUUGGUUUGUACGGAUUGUCCAAACAUCAUUGUCUAUCUCUGGGCCAUAUAUUUUCCUGAGGAUUUUCCUCUCCCAUGUAUUGAGCAGGUUCUCUGCUUUUCUACACAGUGUAACUAGCUUGUCCAAAUUUUCAGGGUUUUAAAAUCGAGCAUCAACCACCAAAACUCAUGUCUGACAAUAAUGUCCUAAUUUCAACUUAAUUUUACUUUUACUUGUUUAUGUUUAAAAUAUAAAUGUGAUAUUUGAAAUUCUAUUUAUUUUAACUUAAAGAGUUGUCAAAAUGUUUGUAUUUCAUGUAAUCUUAUGAACUAUAAACCAAAUAAUAAAAUGUUCCAAAGUUA